CAUGGGGGGAGGGUAUGUGAGGAGGACAGCCUAUAAAAAGAUCCGUAGAAGAAACUUCUGCAUUGUGACUGAGCUCCACUUCAGAAACAGAAAGAGUGACUGAAGGAAAAGAAGCCAUCACAGCUCUUUGGAAAGGGAAUAAUGAGGUUCUGGGAUUUUUAUGCGCUGCUUCUUUCUGCCGCCGUGGUCAAUGCGGAAAAUGAGGGUUACAGAAAAUUUAGAAACCAGCAUAUCAUUGGGGAGAUGAGCGUGAACCGUUGUAGUGCCGUCAUAAGAAGCAGACACAUCACCAAGACCGGCAGCAAUGAGUGCAAGGAGACCAAUACCUUCAUCGUAUCGCCGCCUAACCCUGUCAUAGCUGUCUGUGAAGAUAGAGGAACAUCCUACGGGACCAUGACGAGGAGCGUCAACCCAUUCCACGUUAUUAGGUGUACUCUGAGAAACCAGCAGGGCCGAUACCCUAACUGCGAGUAUCGAGGCUACGCAAGCACAAGGUACAUCGCAGUCAACUGUGAAGGUCGACUUCCUGUGCACUAUGAUGGAGACAUCGUGCUCAUUGACAGCUGAGCAAACAGAAGAAAUGUAUUUCAGUUUUCUGUUCAAUAAAGAUUUGAACUGAA